AUGAAAAAUAAUGAAGAAGAAAAUACUAUAAGGUCAUUAGGAUGUAGCGCAUUAAUCGAAUUAUUGAAUAACAACAACAAUGAGUUGUAUGAGAAUAAUGAAGAUAGUUAUGAUGAAAAUAGUAGGAAUAAAAAUUAUGUAAAAGAAAUAAAUUUAUUUGAAAUAAAUAAUAGUUUAGAAAAUCAUUCCGUUGAUAGAGAACAAAUUUGUUAUUCUACAAAAUUGUUAAACAAAUCACCAUAUCGUAAAUUAAGUGAAAACAAAAUUGAUUUAAUUAAUUAUAAUUUAAGUUUUAAUAAUAAUAUAAAGAGUGAUUGUUUUAAGAAUACUUAUUUUGACACAGUUAAUAAAUAUAAUCUUUUUUUAUCAUCGAAAGGGAAAUCCAAAUAUAAAAAUAAUAAUAAUUAUAAGAGUUAUAAAUGUUUAAUGCCAUACAAUAAUAAGAAAGAAAUAAAAAGAAAUAAAAGAAGUGUUGAUUUAAAUUUUUUUUCAUCUGAAGAAGAUGAUAUUAACACAUAUACAUUAUCAAGAAAAAAAAGAAACAGAAACAGUGAAAUUGUAAAAAUUUUAAAUGCACCAAAUAAAAAUGAUAAUAUUUCUGAUAUGGAAGAAACAAAAUUAAAAAAGAAAAAAAGAAAACUAUGUUAUGAGAAAAAUAUAAAUGAAACAUUUGAUAUGGGUAAUAAUACUUAUGAGAAAAACAAUAUAAAAAUAUGUAAUUUGCAAAAAAAAAAAAAAACUAGCCAUAAUAUGUUAUGUGAUAAUAUAAAAUCGCCUGACCUUGUGAAUAAUUUUGUUAAUAAAAAUGGGAAAGACAGAAUAUUUAUAAAAAAGGAAGAAAAUGAAGGAAAUGAAGAAAAUGAAGAAAAUGGAAAAAAUGAAGAAAAUGGAAAAAAUGAAGGAAAUGAAAAAUUUGAUAAAAAUGAGAAAAAUGAAAAAUUUGAUAAAAAUGAAAAAAAUCAAAAUAUUGAUGAUAUAGAAAUAUAUAACAAUUCUGAUAAAUGUGACAAUGAAAAGAUAACUAAAAAUAAAAAUAACAUUAAAUAUAAUAUCAAUAUUAUGAAUAAUAUUUCAACGAAUAAAUAUAACCAUAUUAUAAAUGAAAAGAACAAAAAGAAAUGUAAAAUAUAUGAUAAGGGGAAAUUACUUUGUCCCGAUUCCAUUGAUGAAAAUAAAAAAUGGCACGAUAAUAUAAAUUUGGAAAAUAUGAAUUCAAAUAAAAAUAUUGUUAUGUUAGAAGAACGUAAGUUUACUAAUGUAUGUAAUAAUGCAUAUACGCUUAUAAAGAAUGAGAGAACCAGUGAGAAAUUAAAUGAACAUGAGAAUUAUACUCCUAUUAAUUGUCUUAUAUCCAAAAGGAAUGAUAUAAAUAUGGAAGAUAUUAAAAAUAUAGAAAUUGAUAAAAAUGUAGAAAUUGAUAAAAAUGUAGAAAUUGAUAAAAAUGUAGAAAUUGAUAAAAAUGUAGAAAUUGAUAAAAAUGUAGAAAUUGAUAAAAAUGUAAAAAUUGAUAAAAAUGUAAAAAUUGAUAAAAAUGUAAAAAUUGAUAAAAAUGUAGAAAUUGAUAAAAAUGUAGAAAUUGAUAAAAAUGUAAAAAUUGAUAAAAAUGUUGAAAAUUUUGUGUUCCUUGAUUUUAUUCCAGUGACCGAGGAAUAUUUAAAAAUCAAAGAAACGCUAAAUACGUACAAAAAUAAAAAGUCACAAGAUAACAAUACAUUGUGUAAAAAGGAAGACGAUAUGCAUAUAUAUUCUAUUCCUAAAAGUAACUUAAAAAAAAGUGCAAUCCAAAAAGAGUAUGAAAAGGAUAUUGAAAGUAAUACCGAAAAAAAAAAAAAAACAUAUCACAAUUCUGAACCAUCAUAUAUAAAAGAAGCAUAUAAGGAUUUGAAAAAAAGCAUCUUAAGGAAAAACAUAAAAAUAAUUAACUAUGAUUAUGAAAAAAAUUUAUGUUACAUAUUGAUAAGAAAAGAGUCCACUUAG